CUGUGAUAGUAGGCUACACGCUGUCGCGCGUUUUUUAAUUUUCAAUGUGCUUGUUGUCAAUGUCCACCUGUGGAACCAAGAACAUGGCUUUUAAUUUAAUCUUUUCACCACUGCCUUUUAGAAGACAUUCUUUGUUUGACACAUCACCAGCAAAGCAGCAUCAUCAAGUUAACCAGGACAGAAUUAGGUCUUCAACAUUGAACAUAUAUCCAGGGAAAACUACAACUGAAUCGGUGAUGAAGUGGAUUUUGGUAAUCUUUCUGGUGAGCUGGACAGAGAAAGUCUUAAGCACAGAUUCUUGUGACAGUGAUCCAUGCGAGAAUUCCGGAAUGUGCGUCAGUGUAGAAAAUAACCGUUACACAUGUAUGUGCCCACCGCAGUGGAAAGGCACAAACUGUGAGAUAGACUACGACGAGUGUAUCAGUGACGUCUGUAAAAACGGGGGCACAUGCAUUAAUGGUCCGGGAAACUACACCUGCGUAUGCGCACCUGGAUUCACUGGACCCAACUGCUUAACAGAUGCGUGUUAUGAUCAACCCUGUCUAAAUGAAGGCACCUGUGGUUUAGAUGUGCACAUUUCAUCAGGCUAUCUGUGCACAUGUUCUGAGGGAUACACAGGCAGCAACUGUGAAAUAGAUAUCGGAGAUAUGGCAUGCACACAAAACAUUUGCGUAAAUGGAGGAACCUGUAUACAGAUUGGAGAUCAGAAUUCAUGUUAUUGUUUGCCAGGGUUCACUGGCCAAUAUUGUGAACUUUUGAAAGGUCUUUGCCAUGCAGAUUCUUGUCAAAAUGGCGGUACUUGUCGAACCGUAAACAAAGUUCUUUCAACAGUCACUUGUGUCUGCCCACCAGGUUUCACUGGAACGGAUUGUUCAAUGCUCCUAGGUUGUAGCAGUAACUCAUGCUUUAACGGGGGAACAUGUAACCCAUCUACCACCGAUCUCAACGGAUAUGUCUGUCAAUGCUCUUUGGGGUACACCGGCAGAAUUUGUCAGACAGCUCUUGAAGGUCUCUGACCCAAGAUCUUUCCAAUGAAUUUUCAAUAGCAGAAUCUAUGUUACAAAAAUUCAUAAUUUCAGGUCAAAGUGGCGGUAUUCAGGUAGAAUUCAGUUUAGUGUCUGAUGUUCAAUCGUCGUUGAACAUUGAAGAUGUUGCAUAUUCAAUGAAAUCACAGUUUGAAUCUUCUAGUUAUUCUUUUACAUUUGAUGACAUAAAAAUGGACGUUAUUGCAAGUAGUGUGAAGGUUACGAUGGCUUCCAAUAGUACAGAAAGCAGCACAAGCGACCACAACAAAAUAUCCAUGGAAAUAGUUAUUAUAGUCUGCAUCGUUGUUGGCAUUGCGUUAAUCUUCGCAGUCAUAAUUGGUUCAGCAAUAGUAAUAGUACAUCGACAAAAAUCAGAGUCGGCAAAUAUGGGUGUUUUUGAAGGUGAAACUGGUAGGGCAUCUAAGAACAAUACACAAACAGCAUCUCCAAAGAAAGUCAACUAUCAUAACAACUUAUAUAGGGAAGCAAAAAUUGACUGCGAUUCAGCUGAGGACUUAUAAGUACUGUAUAUGAACUAUAGUCAAGAUAUUAUUCAGAAGAACAUAGUUGAAAGCAUCAAAGUUUAUUGUUAAAUUAGCGAUCCCAUCUGCUCCCGUAAUAAGGGGCGCUUUGGAUUAUGCAAUGAUGCUAUGAUAAAGGACAAUGUUUGAUUCGAAUGUACGUUGUGCAGAGAACGUAGGGCGGUCGUGUAUUGAUGAAUCCAUCCUGAGUCGUCCUGAUGGUAAUUAAGCUUACUAACGAUUUAGUUGAGCCCACCGAGUACGCUCGAGCGGAGUGGAUUACACGCUGCGUGUCUUUGCUAAUCAGGAUCUGUGAGGGUAAUAAUAUUACAAAUGUGUUGAAAAUUUGGAUCGCAAAAGAUGCUUUAUAAAAAAUUAUUAUGUAAAUUCAGUUUUACAUGGUAAUUGUGUUGAUCAGUACAUUGUGUUACUUAAUAUUAUUAUCAUAUAUAAAAUAUCAAUCAAUCACUCAGUCAAUAAAUCAAUCGAAGGAGGCCCAACCAUAGGAAUUCACAUGCAGUAUUGUCAUAACCACAUGACAUUUAUUCUACAUGUACUUUACAUACAAAUAGAGUACAGUAAUAAUUGAGAAAAAGUUCAUGAUAUAUGACUAGAUAUUAGAAUAAUGAUAGUAAAAAAAAAAAAUUUAGGAAAACGAUUAUCAUAAUACUAAUUACUAUUACCACUUAAUAUUAAUGCUCAUCAUUAUUAUUAAUAUCUGCUAAUUGCUCUGGUUGUCUUUCAGCCCUGAUUUCUUUCUUCUGGGUCUUUCAUAUAAUUACUACAACAACUUCUUUUGAUGAAUGAUUCUAAUUGACAAUAAUUUUGAAAAGUAGGGGUGUGUGAUUUGUGCUUCAACAGCUCACCUGGCUAUGUUUACAAAUCUGCUAAUUUGUUUAGUGACUUAUUAUAUCCAGAAGAUAAGGGCCAUAUACCACCUACGCAGACAGAGCUUAGAAUAAGCAAGCGUGAAUUGCUUACUUAUCUGUGUAAUGUGUCACUUUGUGAUAAUGUAAACAUUAGUGCCUAAUGACACUCUAAUAAAAAAAAAUUGUAAUGCUAAACAGGCCUUUGACUAAUGAUUGAUUUAUUUUAGUAGAAUUAUGAGUGAUUCUAAUCAGGGAGUAUAAUAGUCCUCCAUGUUCUAACAAAGUAUUUAUUUAUGUGCCAAAUUCUAAUUAUUAAUGUAAAUUUGUGUGAAAUCAGUAGAAAAAAUUGUAUGUUUUGGCUUAAAAGUGUUCUGUCUAUCAAUCAUGAAAUCUUAAAUUACCCCGAAAAAUUAUAAAGUUUUAAUUGCUCAUUUAAAAAUUAAAACAGCUUAUUAACUAUAAAAAUACAUAUUGUUGAAAUUGUAGCAUUAAUUAUCCUAAUCCGUUAACUAUACCACUGAAUAGCAGCCUAGUGCAGCUGGUUAUAACAGGGAGAUGUAAACAUCUCCCUGGUUAUAACAUGAGGCAACCACUCUGUGUGCGUGCUCAACCAUCAAAAUGUUUUUGUGUCUGGUUUAGAAGUUCCAUUUGGUUUCAUCAAUCUGCUGCCCUGAAAUAAAGGUUAUAAACACACUUUAGUUCUGGAAGAGAUAGUCUGCCGGUGAACUGCCCAAGACAAGGGGUGGCACUGCACUGCAGCUGUCUUGGUCUUCCAGGAGUUUAACCCAAAGUUUCUAGUUAAACAAUUAGGACUACAAUAAUUGAGUUACUUUAGAGUUUACAAAAACCACUACAAAUUGCUGGAAAACCUUAAAAUACUUAAAUCAAAAUCUUUACCAAAUUUUAUAUUACUGUACAUGCAUGACUAAGUUGCAUGCAUCAGUGGGUUGCAUGCAUGAGUGAGUUUUAACACUGCACAUGCUCAGUUUGGUUAAAUGUUCUAGAAGCAAAAAUGUUUUAUUUCAUCAGCAAAAACAUCUUUUUGACACAAAAUUUUUCUAAAAAUAAAAACAAUUGAAUUGAGCAUGUUAAGAUUGUUAAUGAUUUUUAAAAUAUUAACAAGUUUUAAAGGAAUUUUAUGAUUUGAUGUAGACAUUACUGGUUAUCUGAAAUGUUUGUGAAAGCAGUGAAAGUCUUCCUAUAAAAUAAUGAACUAAGAAUAACUUAUUUGAUGGGAGUGAUUGGUGCUUAUCUAUGAUCAGAGGUCAGGGUUCAGUUCCCAUGCUGCCCAUUUGUAUAUUGAUUCUUGUACAAUAAUAAGCAACUCAAAAGUUUGUAUAAAAAAAGUGUUUAUAUAGCGCAAAGCUAGUCAGUGUGGAUUAUAUUCGAUUAUUCUAUUAGUAAUUAUAGUGUUGAAUAAUAACCUUGAUUUAAAUUAAUGACAUAUUACUAAUCAUUAGUAAAUCUCUCUUCUGUAACCCAUAUUUUAUUUGUGUGGGAUAGGAGCCCGUCUUUUAAAAAACUCUUUAUACAAGUCCCUGAAGAUUCAGGAUCAUUCAUGCCCUAUCAAUCUAUUCUACUUAACUCUAGAUUAAUGAUUUUGAAUACAAGGGAACACAGGAGCUUGAGCUGCUGUUUUUAAAAUGUAUUUAUUAAUAAUUGCAAAGUGGUACUAUGACUUGGGGGUAGUUGUGGGGUAAUAAGCCACGUGCCCCUGAAUCCUCUAUUGCUUCUUCCAUAUACUACGCAGGAAUAAACAAAAGUAUACUUUCAAUAGAUCACACUGUUUAUGAGGAAUAUUUUAACCAUGUCAUUCACUAUCAUUAUGUUCACCUUGUUGUCAUUAUAUCAUAUAAUAUUUGUAUUGAGUUAUUUUUAUAUAGUUUAUCAUGUAAUUGAAUUAAUUAAAUUAAUUCAAAAAAUUAAAAUAUAAAUAAAAUAAAUAAAUAAACCAAUCAUAAAAAAAAUAAUAAGCAGAAUCAUCCCCCACCCCCCAGUAAGCCUUCUUUGUUAAAACACUUACCCUUAUGCACAUAAAUGAUUCUUUUUUCCUGUUUAAAUUAUUGUAGGACAAAAUACCUGAAUGCUUUGAAUUUUUGUCUUUUUUGUGUAUUUCCUUUCAUAUAAAUUAACUUACUGUAAGCCCACCACAAAGGCAUAUUGGUGUCUCAUCAAGUUUUUGGUGCUUUUAGUCAACUGCAAUGAAACAAAUACAGGUGUUGUAGGCUGGCUAUAUCAAGCCUACUGGGUUAACACAUCAAAGUUGCAGAUAGAAAAUAGAUGGGUUCUGUAAUCUGUAUGUUUUUAUACUGCAUAUGCAAUUUAUGACUAGGAUGACUGUGCUCCAAGGAUCCAGCAUCAAUACUUCAGUGUUCAAUUAGGCCAAAUAAAAAAACAAGUUUCUUCAAAGAGUUUUUUUUUUCUGGAUUGUAAGUAUGAAAAAUCAAUGAAGGAACUACCGCUCACACCCCCCCCCCACAAAAAAAGGAAAUGAACAUAAAUAAAAGACAAGAGGGUGGAAAUGAAACUUGUAUUUUUAUUUGGCCUAAAAAUUCUUCUAUUUAUAAUCACGAUCAUUGUUGAAUAUACAAAAUUGUCAUUAACUCACAUGUAAAUCAAAUUGUUUUUGUAGUCUUUCCGAUCAGUGUUGGGUUUACCACCCUCUUGUAAGUACGUGGAAAAGGUGGAUGACGCUCUUACGAGCUGCAGGGCGCAUUCCAUGGCCCUCCAUGAUAACUUUCUUCCACGUAAAAAGAUUCAGAAUUUAUUUAAGUUAAUUAUGAUUGUUAAUAUGAAUAAGUAUGAAGAUUAUAUAGUUAAACAGAAAAUGUACUUGAAGCUCAUGGUCAUGGCGGGGUCAUGGCGUUUUUUUACAAUCAUGAUUUCAAUUGAAGUUGAAAUGCACGGCUUUCAAUACCCCAAAGACCCCACUCUCUAUCCGGGGCGUUUUCAACUCCUGCCAUUGUGGUCACUUCACUUCUGUUUGUCUCUUUCAAAUUAUUU